AUGACGGUGACUAGAAAGGAGGUAUUGACUAUUGAACUCGUAGAAAAUUACUCGGAUGAGCAGCCCCUAGAAAAGAAAAUGAAAUUCGCUCGAGAACCCCUUGCUUUCGAUGAUGAUGACCUAGAGGGAAUGAUCCAGCCACAUGAUGAUGCGUUGGUGGUGAUGGCUCGAAUAAGUGGUUUCCUAGUAAAGAGGGUGAUGAUAGAUCAGGGGAGCAGAGCCGACGUGAUGUACCCCAACCUGUUCAAGGGGCUUGGGCUGAAAAAGGAGGACCUCACAAAGUAUGAUACGCUUCUGGUAGGGUUUGAUGGCAGGGUGGUGAUUCCCCAGGGGCAAAUCUCCCUCCCCAUGAAUAUGGAAGGUAAGGAGGUAGUUGUAACGUUUAUAGUGGUAGCCUCGUUUUCUCCUUAUAUAGUGAUUUUGGGAAGGCCAUGGAUUCAUCCAAUGGGGGCCGUUCCAUCCACCCUGCAUAUAAAGGUUAAGUUCCGCACCGAAUAG